GAGCCCCGCAGCCCUAGCCGCUGCUUGCUGCCCCACUGUAGGCUGUGGCUCCGGAACCCGUGCCCCGAUCCGAGGCUGCGGACCGCGCCAGCCGCUUUCUUCCACCAUCUACACUGCAACCACUGUCUCCUCCUGCGCUCCUGCUCCAGCUUCUGCUCCGACACAGCCGGGCUGGGCUGGAGCCAGGCUCCGCAAUCCCAGCUGCCACCCUAGAGCCUAGGCUGGGGCCGCUGCUGCAGCCAAAGGCGUCUGGAUCCCAAUGAUCUUGAGAUGCAGUUCUUGAGAAUGGUGUACUACAACUGAGAUGAUGCCUUCUUUCUAUUACAGAUGAAUACAAUGUGAGCUUUGGCAAAGACACUUCCAGUACAUUUGAAUGAUUGGAUUCUAUCAAAGGAAGAAUUACUGAAUUCAGCUUCUCAAAACAACACUGGUGACAGAAGGAUCUAUCAUUUCUGCUACUGAUGUCUGAAUGCUUGGAGGACUAACCAUUCAACCGUGCUGGUACCAGCUCCUGAGACCAUCAUGGGACCUGAAGGUAGCCUUCUGCAUAGUGGACAGGUGCACAUAAUCAUCUGGGGGAGUUUGGCAGCUGUUGCAACUUUCCUACUCAUUACCUUCCUCAUCUUUCUGUGCUCCAGUUGUGAAAGAGAAAAGAAGCCAAAACAACAAAAUGGUGACCAUGAGAACCUGAUGAAUGUGCCUUCAGAUAAGGAGAUGUUCAGCCAUUCAGUUACUAGUUUGGGUACCGAACUUCCUGCAAGCAGUGAACAAAAUGGGGGCCUUACCAAUGGAGACAUUCUUUCAGAAGACAGUACUAUGACAUGCAUGCAACAUUAUGAAGAAGUACAGACUUCUAUUUCUGACCUGUUGGAUUCCCAGGACAGCACAGGAAAGUCGGCAAAAUGUCAUCAAAGCCGGGAAUUACCUAGAAUUCCUCCUAAUGAUUCCUUGGAUACUAUUCUUACCACAAGAAAUGUAGACGGUGAUCAGGGUCUUGGGAUGGAAGGACCAUAUGAAGUUCUCAAAGAUAGCUCCUCCCAGGAAAACAUGGUGGAAGAUUGUCUGUAUGAAACUGUGAAGGAAAUAAAGGAAGUGGGAACAGCAGCCAACCUAGAAAAAAGCCAAAAUGGAAGACCAAAUUCUGUAACUGCCUUUAAAGAGAUUCAGGGCCCUCACCCUGUAAACAAAGUUGAGUCUGCAGAAUAUGCCUCUGUGGACCGAAAUAAAAAAAGUCGACACAGCGUCAAUGCAGAGAGUGUGCUUGGAAAUUCCUUGGAUGUCGAGGAAGAAGCCCCACCACCUGUCCCUGUAAAACUCCUUGAUGAGAAUGAAAAUGUGCAGGAUAAAGCAGAUGGGGAGGCAGCAAAUAAAGGGGCCACAGAGAGUUUUAGUCAAAUCAACAAGAGACUUAGUUCGCUGUCUUACAAAUCUCGAGAGGAAGACCCAACUCUUACAGAAGAAGAGAUUUCUGCAAUGUACUCAUCUGUAAGUAAGCCAGGACAGACUCUUCAAGUGCCAGAAUCCACUUACUCCUGUAUUCAAGAUGUAGCUCCAAAAAGAUCACCAUCUUCUGGUAAUGAUCUCUAUGCCACAGUACGGGACUUUGAGAAAAACCCAAACAUCAACAUGCCUCCACCAGUAGUCAAUUCAAAUGGGGAGCCGGAGCCUGAUUAUGAAGCGAUCCAGUCAUUGAACAAAGAUGAAGAAAAGACCAUGUCAAUGGCUAAUGGUAACCACAUCACUUUUCCAAAAGAAAAUGACUAUGAAAGUAUUGGAGAUUUACAACACAGCAAAGAUAUCACCAGACUUUAAUGCCAAGACAACAUUUUUUUUAACAUUAUACUGUCAGCAGUUUGAAUAUGUUUCUCUAUUUGAAGAAAAACAGAAGGUCAUAAUAAAUUACAAAUUGCGCAUUGCUUUAGAGAAUUGAAAACAAUGGAGGGGCAGUGACCAUUUUCCAACCUUCCCAAGCAAUAAGGUACACACAGAUAUGCAUUCACACAUAUAUAAUAAAAAGAGACAAACAUUUCAUCCCCCUCCCUAAAAUGGUUCCUUUCCUCUCGCAGUGAAGAUAAAAAUGUUGGUGGUUCCUGAGAAUGUCCAGUAUUUUAAAAUGGACCAUAUUCACUGUAAUGGAUGCCACUUGCCUAAAAUACUGCCUUUCAGAAGAGCCAGUUGUUGACUGCUUUUUGCUACCUGCUGAAAAAUUUUAAAUGAGUGGCUGUUUUCCUUCUCACGUUCAAACUGAACAACUCAGCCCAAGGAUUUUCUCCCCCAAGGUUAAGGAUUUUUACUCCAGCAUAGACCUGUUUGGAUGGGGGGGAGCUUGGCUAAUGUGUUUGCAAUGCCAAUCUUCAGUGUUCUUCAGGAAGCUGCUUAUUCAGCAGCUGAGGAUUCCAACUGCAGCCCACAAAUAGGGUUGGGGACCUUCUGUGAGUCUCUUCAGAGUUUUGUCACUUCUUAGGUUGGCACUCCACUAGUGGCCUACAACAAAAGUACUUCAAUUCAGUUUUAGAUGCUUUAUUUUAUUUUUCUAGUCAAGAACUUUUUUUGGUAUUUUAAGAAGAUUCAGAAUUUUUUCAGUAUUUUAAGAAUGUUAUGGUACUUAUAGAAUUCUUUUUAAUUCGCCGGGAACUCAUUAUUUCAAACAGAGAGCCUUAAUCUUUAUGUUUGGACACAGACCACAUAUUUGGACAGUGGCCACACUGUCUGGCUCUGAAGGGCUGGGAACAUGAAUGUGUGUUUCAAAGUAUCUCUUCUGUCCACGUUAUAAAAGUCUUGACUGGCUUGUAGAAGUCGUUCUCAGAAAUUAAUCUGGAUUCAGUAGAGCAUUUGUAAGCAUUUACUUUUAGUAUGUAAAUAAUCUAAAGCAUUUUGUUUUGUGCCUACGUCCAAAAGAAUAUCAGAAAUUAUGUAAAUUAACUAUUUUCAUUUUAUGAUUCAUUUAUAAUCUUCAAAAAGAAAACAAAAACUCAAAAAGCACAUAAGCUAGUUAAUUACAGCUAGUUGGUUGUUUUUUUACCCUUUCUCUAACCACGUAUCUAAGUCUUUAAAGAUUAAACUUUUCAAAUGGUACAAGGGGCUCCUGAUCAAAAUCACCUUGGUAAAUGAAUAAAUGAAAUAAGUGUAUGUUGCUCAUCGGUACUAGUACUUUGGGGUACAAAUUUUUAGGAACACUUGGUUGAAACAGUUGCACAGAGAAGGACGAGGAAUAUUCCUCCAGACUGUCACUAUCCAUAGUAGGUGCUUAUCUGUCAUUUCUUUCAGGUCAUUAAAAUCCAGUGAUUAUUCAGUCUACAUAAACAACUUUUGAUGAGCAAUUAGGGAUUUGCCUACCUUUUUAUACCAACCUGUGGCCAGUUAUCAGACUUCAAGGAAGAACAUGUUCUGGUCUAGGCUGGCCUUACAUGUACCCACUCAGGUCUCACAAAAUGACCAUUCAAAGAUUUGUCCACCUUUCCUAAUUUAAAAAAAAAAAACCCUCAUUAUUGGUGUCAUUGUGAAUGGUGGUUUACAGUCAUUGGAAAACUGCAGGUUCUUCUGACCACUAGAAAAGGAGGCAGUUAUUCUGUAUUGCUAUUGAUAACUGUCACCUCUUUGGCUUCCUAACUUGUGCUGUUUUCUCUCUCUGUAACAAUGAAGGUGAUUUGGGAGAAUAAAGCUGCUUGAAAAAUACAUAGAGUUCCAUGGAUGUGCUUUCCAGCAGUUGUAAUCAUUGCUUUGAUUCUUUGGUUGCUCUAUACAUUUAAUUAAAUUUACAAUUCUGAAAUAACAAGAUUAGCUUAGUAGGAAGAUUAGCUGAUUAGCUAAUCAAGCAUAGAUUUUAUUUCUGCAGAGAUCCGAUCUCCUGCUAAGACAUUAGGGGUACAACAAUAGUCUUAGCAAUAGAAUGUAAACUAGCCUAAAUUACGUUUCCAUAGUACGAGAAAAAUGGCAGCAUUCCUAGAGAUCUCAUGCUACUGAGUAGUUGAAAAUCUCUUGUUUAGUGUAGCCAAAUAUUCAUGAGCACAAGUAAUGUGUUGAGCACUUUCUAAGUCAAUGAAUUAGGAACUUAAGAGGGCACAUCAAUUCUUUUAUAGGCCAUAGGGUCUCCAUUCAAUGUCUGUUAAUAGUAAUUAGCACAUAUUCAUGGCCAUCUGGGCUGUUCCGUAAAUAAUGGACUAAAUUAUUACCUCUUGGCCUCAGGAGGUUAUUAUUCAUCUCUAAAUGCAUCUCUUAACUACAAGAAGAGUAACUUGGUACUGAGGACGACAGAACUUUCUAGAGAGAAACCCUCUUUUUUGCAUAUAGUCAUCAAUUUUCCCCUAACAACUUUCAAGUGUGGAUUCUGUGUACCAGAUCUAUAAGAUAUGCAUUGUACAUCUCUCUUGAUUUUGAGGACCCUGACAGAGGGAGAUGUGAGGUCUGUCAGUUAAUUAACAGGUUGUAAAAGAAUAUUCAAAGAACCUGAUUAAAAGUACUACCCCCCCAACACACAUUUUCUCUCUCUCUCUCUCUCUCUCUCUCUCCCUCCCUCUCUCUCUCUCUCUCUUUCUUUCUCUCUCUCAAAGAUUGGAACAUAGCGCAAUGAUUUCUACGAGGACAGGGUAUGGAGAGGAGUUUGCCCAGAUACUAGGCAGGGCAUUAUGUGUUUUUUCAAAGAAAAUUACUGUUUUCCUUUAUUGUUCUUGUUGGACAUUAAACAACAAAUGAAUCAUUCAUAUAAUUUUCCAUACUUCUACCACAGUUGAAAGAAAAUCUGAAGAGAGAAGUUAAUCACAUCUACCAAACCCUAGGCUGUUAAAAUUCAAAUAUACAUGAAGGAUACCUUUUAUGAAUCAGUUGUGUUAUUCUUUUUAUGAAUUAUAUUGGAGUUCUUUAAAUAUAUGAAAGAUCUGUUCAGUUCUUCCAUACAUCCGAAUUACAACCUCACCUGAAAUGAGCUGUUUAUAUUCUUUUGUCUUUGUUAUUGUUUCAAACUGGAGAUGUUUUAAAAUUCCAGUUUAAUUUUUUAUGCCCAUUAUAUUUUUUGAACAGAAAUUUUAUCUGAAAAUGUGUUUGAAGAAUUUGCAGGAACAAGUUACAGCCUAGAGAAAAAAAAAAUAGCAAAUUUCCCCAAAAAUUAAUCUAAUGUUUAUUAUUGCAUCUCCUGUCCUAAUACAAAUUAUAUCACUAGUUCUUUUAAAACAUUUUAAGGUAUAGCUGUUCCUUAGGCAAAAGUUGAUGAUCAUUGUUUCAGUUGCCUCAAAGUCACAAGAAUCCAAGGAACUGUGUUUAAUUAGGUGCUAAAAUUAAUGGCUGAUUGUCAACACAAAGCAAUAUUGUCAUUUUACUUCGAUGUGUGACAGAAUCUAUUUAUUCAAGAGAACAUGUUUUCUUAAUUUUUGUAAUUCUGUGUAUUUAUUCUUUUUUUAACUGGUAUUUUACAAAGUGAAAGCACCAAGCACCUGGUUAUCACUUACACAUAUCCCUGGCACUCAUUGAAUGAGAAGCAGUCAGUAAUGUGCCAUCUGAAUGUUCAUCUGAGAGAUCAGCUGAACUGUUGUCAGAGAAGCAAGUCUGUAACAUAUUCUCUAACAUAUGGUGAUUUAAAGGAAAAACUUUCUUGAGGAAUUCUGACUCCUUAAGCUUUUCUUAUAUGAAAACAUUCAAAUUCUUCACUAUCACUUAGAUCUUCAUAAUUUUCCCUGCUGCAUCAUAAUCCCUACUGAGAAGUUUUCAUCACUAACUUAAGAAAGUUUUUCCUGUUUCUUUGACUCAUAGGGAGGAUGACAAUGGAAAUGUAAAUAUGUGUACUCCUCAGAUAUGGGUAUAGUAGGAGAUGACCCAAAGCUUUAAAAAAGGGGGGGGGAGGUAAAAGUGAGAGAGAGCAAUGGAGCCAAUGCAUGGUGACUCCCCAGACAGCCAUAGCCAAUAAAAACAUGGUGGUUAUCUUAUUUCAUUCUUUUUAAUAAUUUCCACGGUUCUAGGUAUAGAAUCAGCAGGCAGUAAAGUAGUGUGGUUUGGUUUUUUUUUUUUUUUUCCAAAAGAAUGUACUCCAGGGAUGGCAGCAUGGCUAUAAUUUCAAGACUUCUGCUAUUCCAAAAGUCAUUCACAUCAAGACUAAAUUGCAAUUUUGUAAAUGAGUAAAGGCCAAGAUUUUCUUUCAGUCCUCCGUGUAAUAGUCAGUCUCAUUCAGUGUGUUAUAGUGAUACUGUUCUGCUCAAACUGUUGAUUAGUGCUGCUCCACCAGAUUAGCAUUGGCUGCUGAGAGCCCAGUAGGUACUGAUGGUUAUUUCCUGGAUAUCUUGACAAGUUUAUUGUACAAUGCUUUUGGGGAAUUGGGGGUUGUAGGGUUAAAAUAUAAUGUUCAAUGUUAAGUGACUUAUGUGAAAAUAGGAACACGUCUAUAAAUAUAGUAUGGCCUUUAUUUACAGUGAAACCCUCAUUUUGCUGUAAUAUCUUCUUGUUUUGUACUGUAACUUUCUGUAAAUGCUUUAAACCUCACUUGUGCCAUUAGAUGGUUUGAACAAAAUCUAGCCAAUAGAAUAACCCAAAGUGCUGAGAUUAGAGUGAUAAGAGAACAGUCCAGAAAAUCAUGAUAAACUGGAGCUAACCAGUCAGUAUUAUCAGAAUACGCUAAGGGAAAAAAAGGAUGAGGAGAAGAAUAUUCACAUUCUGUAAAUGUGCAAAUGAAGCUUCAUUAUCCCUGUCCUUCAUUUUAUCCAGGCACAGAGAUUUGUAAAGUGUUUGAUGGCUUUUUCUAAUGUUGCUUUUUUUUUUCAAACCAGUCUCCCAGAUCCCUUCAAAAUGUCACAGGAAAAGAGAUCUACGGUCAUGUGGUACUUUUCAGUUAUCAGCCAAUUUGGUACUAUCUUCUCUUAGUACAAUUAGAUUAGAUUUUGUUUGCCAGUAUGCUGUUUGUGCACUGUGGGUAUUUGUCAAAGAUGUAUUAUGCUCUACUUGUCUUAUCACACAAUGUAAUGUGUUCAAAAGGCUGGUAAUUACCAUUACUCAGACUCCUGUGUUUCAGAUCUACAGAAAUAAAAUGGUUCUAUGUUACCUUUUAA